AUGACGGGCCCUUUCCAUACUUAUGGCCCGUCGUGCCUCUUGGUGGACGAUGAGCCAGAACUGCCGAGUUUCUACUCGCUCACCACCCCGCCAGACAUACGGUCCCACUUCUUUUACGUCUCAUCACUGCCAAUUGACGAUCCUUUAGCGCCGUUACCCGCAGCAACUGGGCAAGCAUCGGAGGAUGAAAAAGUGCCUCCCCAACCAUUUUCAGCAAGAGACAAUACCGCCUUGGAAUCAGCUUGGACUGAGCUACGGAAGUCUUGGCAGUGGAAAUCUGGCCACUGUGGAUCUCAUCCGGAGGCAUCUUCAUCGCGAAAAGAUUCUGGAAUCGCCGUACCGAAUCAAAGGUCUUCUUUGGAGGGGAACCGUCGCAAUGCGACGUCAAGUCGAGGGGAUGCCAGUCUGGCAAGCAGCAGAGGCACUCAUAGUAACCCCACCUCGGUGCCAGAUGUUAUGCCAGAAGCCCCCGGUGCCAAUGCCACCUACCGGAAACGAGCGUUCUCUUCUGUGAAUGAAUCAUAUUCAGCCAAGAGGCGAAGCCGCUCGCCGCCCGACGACGGCGCUGAGGGCCAGGAGUUUACAGGUAGUUUCCAAGGCCCGUCAUCCCAUACAAGCAUCAGUGGAUCUCCUUUUAUCCGAGCACCGAUAUCCCAACCAGACAGUCGUCCUACAGGCCGUUCGGUUGAAUCGCUGGUGUCAAAUGAGGGAGCCGAGUGGCAAACUGAAGUUCGCAGCAAUGCUCCCCAUCACUCGACCUCGAAGCCAUCAGGUCUCCGAGCAUCCAUGAGCCUAGACGAGAUGAGUGCAGCAGAAUCCGCAGAGUCUUCGCCUUGCACCGAACCUCAAACAAAGAUUCCAGUUGGAGCACUACGACUCCAUUUGGUAGAAUUGCCCAAUUUAAAGAUGAAACCUAUCUACUGGAGCCCUUUGCAUGAUAUCUCGUCAGUCGUCAGAGCAACAUGGUUCUACAAGAAUACAAUGUUGCCAGUCGAGACUGCAGUAGCGAAUCAAUUAGAACACGGUUAUGCUGAACUUAAGCCAUGGACAGAGACCUGGCAAGAUGAACUGAACAGCUGUGUUGAAAAUGGCGCCGAUGCAGAGACGAAGGUAGUAUACAGACUCUGGCCCAAGAAGGAGCCGAGCUCUGGUACUCGGCCUGGAACUGCGCAGCUUUUGCAGAAUAGUGAGCCCCAGGCAAUUAGUCCUCCAGUGGAUUUGUCCUUCGAUAUGAACCAUGCUUCUGGAGGAACCGCAGCUCAUUCUGAUGCUAUAAAGCCAUAUCUCACAUCCAGUGCCAUUUAUGUGGAUGCAAGGAAUGCUCAGAUUCUCCGGCCUAGCUUACUUCCAUCUGCUGCUCGGGGAAGACGACCACUCAGUGCGAUCCGUAAAGGUCGUCAGAUUGGCAUACCAGUUGUGCGUGGGUUCAACAGGAAAUUAUGGGAUCAGCUCCACCCAUCCAAGCCCAACCCGGUAGAUGUACGACACUACAUUCGAACAAGCCAGUCUCAAACUCCUACCGUCCCUGGUGAGCAGGUAUGCUACGCAUGCAAGAUGGAGGAACUACGCCCGGCGCCGACAGAUUUAGUUUUUGUCAUCCAUGGUAUUGGUCAAAAGUUGUCGGAGCGGAUGGAGAGCUUUCACUUUACUCAUGCGAUCAAUGCCUUUCGUCGUCAAGUCAACAUGGAGCUGAACAACGAGCCUGUCUGGCCCCAUGUGCGCCAGGGUCAUGGAGGAAUCAUGGUCCUGCCUGUGAAUUGGCGUACAACACUCUCUCUGGAGGAUUCAUCCCUUGAAUCUACAGACGAGGAGGACCCAUUUUCCAAUAACUACUCUCUUGGCGAUAUCACUCCUGAGACGCUUCCAGCUGUGCGGUCAUUAAUCAGCGAUGUGAUGCUCGAUAUUCCUUACUAUCUUUCACAUCAUAAGCCGAAGAUGAUGAAGGCAGUUGUCAAAGAGGCCAAUCGCAUCUAUCGCCUAUGGUGCAAGAAUAAUCCCGGGUUCCAGCAGGAAGGCCGUGUUCACCUCCUUGCUCAUUCCCUGGGAAGCGUCAUGGCUCUUGAUAUCCUCAGCCAUCAGCCGACUAAGGUUCCUCUAUUCACUUUUGCCGAUACCCCUCUGCAUAGCGAUAUGUUUGAAUUUGAGACCCGCAACCUUUUUCUAUGCGGCAGUCCCGUCGGCUUCUUCUUACUGCUGAACAAAGCAAACUUACUACCUCGGAAAGGGCGAGAAAAGCCAGGAAGUGAAGGUGAAGAUCGACUUCGCGGUGUAGCAGGUGAACCUGGCAAAUACGGCUGUCUCGCAGUUGACAACUUGUACAACAUUAUGCACAACACCGAUCCAAUCGCAUACCGAGUCAACGCCGCCGUAGAUACAGAUCUUUCAAAUUCACUCAAAAUAGCCUCUAUUCCAAGCCCAUCAUCCACUUUCUGGCAAUCCUUUGGCAGCGUCUUCCGCUGGAGCUCUGCUUCUUCAGGCUUCAUGCCAUCUUCAGCAAUGCCAGUUCGUCCUGCCACCAUUUCCAAAUUACCGUCCAAUGUGGAGAUGGAGACACACGACUUCACACGUGAAGAAAUCGCUGAAAAGCGCAUGCUCUUACUCAACGAUAAUGGUCAGAUAGACUAUUAUCUCUCUGGUGGUGGAGGUCCGCUCAACAUUCAGUAUCUGAAUAUGCUUAGUGCGCAUAGCAGCUACUGGACCUUGGGGGAUUUUGUCCGUUUUCUUGUGGUUGAGAUUGCUAGGAAGCAAGGUAGGGAUGGAACGUUACUUGCCUUUCGUGCGGAGAAGAAGAAGGGAUACAAGUACAGUAAGGGUUGA